CACUAAACAUUUUCAAAAAAUUGCAGUAGUUUAGCCUGGCAACGUUUGUGAUUAGCUGCAACAGCUUGAAAUGGCCACUUCAAAUACUGACAGAGGCACCACGUCUCGUGUGUUCUUGUGGUCGGGCUCUGUAUACGAGCCCAUGAAAAGCAUUAAUCUGCUAAAACCAGAUGCGGAGAAUCUGUGGGAUAAAUUGGAUCGUUACUAUUGUAUAGUCAAGGCAACUGUGUUAGUUUUCCAAAGUCCGACCACUGGUCUUUUCCCCACAAAAACCUGCAAUGAGAAUCCAAGAGCAAAGAUUCAUGACAGUCUUUAUUGUGCUGCGUGCGUCUGGGCCCUGGCCCUGGCCUACAGGCGUAUUGAUGACGACAAGGGACGAACCCACGAACUGGAGCAUUCUGCUAUAAAAUGCAUGCGAGGAAUUCUCUUCUGCUACAUGCGUCAGGCUGAUAAGGUUCAACAAUAUAAGCAAGAUCCUAAGCCCUCCAAAUGCCUGCAUUCUGUUUUCAACGUCCACACAGGUGAUGAGGUCUUUUCUCAUGAGGAAUAUGGUCAUCUACAGAUAAAUGCUGUAUCCCUCUUCCUCCUCUACCUGGUGGAGAUGAUUUCAUCUGGCCUGCAGAUCAUCUACAACACAGAUGAGGUCUCUUUCAUACAAAACCUCGUUUUUUGCGUAGAAAGGGCAUACCGGGUUCCAGAUUUUGGCAUGUGGGAGAGAGGAAGCAAAUAUAACAACGGCAGCACUGAAUUGCAUUCAAGCAUUGAUUUUCUGCUCCGUCCACAGGGUUGCUCGUGGUCUGUCAUCUUUGUGGAUCUUGACGCUCAUAACCGGAACAGGCAAACCCUUUGCUCAUUGCUCCCUCGUGAAUCACGAUCUCACAACACUGAUGCUGCCCUCUUACCUUGCAUCAGCUAUCCUGCAUUUGCUGUGGACGAUGAAGCUUUGUACAGUCAAACAAUUGAUAAGAUAGUUAGGAAACUCAAAGGAAAAUAUGGAUUUAAGCGUUUUUUGAGAGAUGGCUAUAGAACCGCGUUGGAGGACAAAAACCGACAGUACUAUAAACCGGCAGAAAUUAAGCUCUUUGACGGCAUUGAAUGCGAAUUUCCUCUCUUUUUUAUUUUUAUGAUGAUUGAUGGGCUCUUCCGGGGUCUCCCUGAGCAAGUCAAAGAGUACCAGGACCUUCUGGAUCCUAUACUGCAACAAUCAGCUGAAGGCUAUCCGGUUGUACCUAAAUAUUACCACGUACCGGCUGAUUUUGUUGAACUGGAAAAGAAAAACCCUGGCAGCCAGAAAAGGUUUCCUAGCAACCACGGGCGGGAUGGAAAGUAUUUUCUGUUGGGACAGUCCCUCUAUAUUAUUGCCAAACUUCUCGUUGAUGGUUUAGUAAGCAUUAAAGAUAUCGACCCGGUCAAGCGCUUCAUUCCUCCUCAAGAUCAGCGGAACAUUAGCAUGCGAUUCUCAAAUCAGGGUCCCUUGGAAAAUGACCUCGUGGUCCACGUUGCCUUGCUUGCUGAAAGCCAGCGCUUGCAGGUGUUUCUGAACACAUAUGGCAUCCAAACACAAACACCACAACAAGUUGAACCCAUCCAAAUUUGGCCUCAACAGGAGCUUGUGAAGGCUUAUUUCCAUCUGGGCAUCAACGGAAAAUUGGGCCUCUCAGGAAGACCCGAUCGGCCAAUUGGUUGCCUUGGAACAUCAAAGAUUUAUCGAAUAUUGGGGAAAACGGUGGUUUGCUACCCAAUCAUCUUUGACUUGAGUGAUUUCUACAUGUCGCAGGAUGUUAUGAUGUUGAUUGAUGAUAUUAAGACAUUAAUCUCUGGAGCAGUGGUUGAACAAUUGGAUUUCUUAAGAAUUGGUGACGCAGAGGAGCCUCCGGAAUUUAAGAGUUUUGAAGAACUGGAGCUUCCAAAGCAUUCAAAAGUCAAGAGGCAAACCAGCACGCCAAAUGCAACGGAGUUGGAACAGCAGCCAGAUAUUAAUCAUAACGACUGGAAAAACAAGCCAGUUCAUGAGAUUCUUCAGAAAUUGAAUGACUGCAGCUGCGUGGCAACCCAGAUCAUUCUGCUGAGCAUCUUGCUCAAAAGGGAAGGCCCCAAUUUUAUCACCAAGGAAGGUACUGUCUCUGAUCAUAUCGAAAGAAUCUACCGAAAAGCUGGCAGCAAAAAGUUCUGGUCUGUUGUGCGCUUCGCAGCAAGCCUUUUAUGUAAGGUAGUGGACAGCCUUGCCCCAUCUAUUACUAAUGUUUUAGUUCAGGGCAAGCAGGUGACACUUGGGGCAUUUGGCCAAGAGGAAGAAAUUAUAUCUAAUCCCUUGUCUCCGGGCGCAAUUAAAGACAUCAUCUACAACAAGUGCAAUUUGCAGGACGAGAGGGAAGCUGUUCUUCAACAAGAACUUGUCAUUCAUAUCGGCUGGAUCAUCUCCAACUCCCCCGAGUUAUUUAACGGCAUGCUAAAGAUACGUGUGGGAUGGAUUGUGCACGCUAUGAAAUACGAACUGAAAAUCCGAGCGGGGGAGAUGCCCCCCGUGGAUUUAUACCAGUUGUCACCCAGCGAAGUGAAGCAGCUUCUGCUGGAUAUCCUUCACCCGCAGCAGCAAGGGAGAUGCUGGUUGAACCGGCGUCAGAUCGACGGCUCUUUGAACCGAACACCGAGUGGAUUCUAUGACAGGGUCUGGCAAAUUUUGGAGAGGACACCCAACGGGUUAAUAGUAGCUGGGAAUUUCUUGCCACAGCAACCGACUUUGUCUGACAUGACAAUGUAUGAAAUGAACUUUUCUCUCCUGGUUGAGGACAUGUUGAGAAGCAUAGAUCAACCAGAGUUCAGGCAAAUGAUUGUAGAGUUGUUGAUGGUUGUUUCUGUGAUUCUGGAAAGGAAUCCCGAAUUAGAGUUUCAGGAUAAAGUGGACUUGGACAAACUGGUGAAAGAAUCGUUUAAUCAGUUCCAGAAAGAUCAGAAUCAAUUCAAAGGCACUGAAAAACAAGACGACAUGACUUCCUUUUACAACACCCCACCACUGGGGAAAAGAGGGACGUGCAGCUAUUUGACAAAAGCUGUGAUGAAUUUAUUGCUGGAAGGCGAAGUGAAGCCUACCGCAGAAGACCCUUGUUCCAUUAGCUAAAGCAGCUGGAGCAGAAGAUGGUGGGAGCCAGGUGAAUGCCAUGAGUCUCUAGCUCUUGGCAUGUGAAGCUUCAUUUCUCAUCAUUGUUUGGACACUGUGAUGCAUAGUCAUUAGGAAGAGCUCCAUUGCUUGGAGCAACAAUCUGUCCAGUUGGUUUCAUGUAACAAAAAAAAGCAUAUUUAAUUAAGGGACAUAUUCCCCUUACAGCUCCUAGGUGGCAGUCAAUGAUAUCCAUCUUGCCAUCAUGGCUAUUUGUUGGCUGAGUAAAUGCCUGAUACUCUCCAUAUGUACGCUGCUUGAGAAUGACAGCUAUUUAGAAGCAAUAACUAAGCUCCCGUCUAGAGUUUAAGCCUCGCUUAAGGUGAAUUGCAGCUUUAUAUUUAUUCAUCCAAUCAUGAAUUAAUGUAACUUUAAUCAUCCCCCACACACACACACAUGCUUCCUUCCUUUGUCCUGGUGUUAGUUACUGACAAGCUUCCUUACGGAAAUUGAAUACGGUAAAGACGUCAGUUU